UGUGAGAGUUUGGAAAAUGAUCAAGAUGCUUCUGAAUUAUUCAUGAGUUCUUAAAGUUUCUUGUUUAUUUAUUUUCAGGUACAAGUGAUCCCUACGUGAAAUUCAAACUCGGCAGCAAACAGCUGUACAAAAGUCGAACUGUUCACAAGAACCUUAAUCCAAAAUGGGACGAACGGUUUGUUCUGUCUAUAGAAGAUGUUUUCCGUCCAAUACUCCUCAGUGUUUAUGACUAUGAUCGAGGCAGCUUUGAUGAUUCUAUGGGUUCAGCGGAGUUAAAUUUAGAAAAUUUGAAACCAAAUGAACCCGCAGAUAUUGAGUUAAAAUUGUCAGAGAAGGGUAAAUCUGACUACAUGGGUUUCAUCAAACUGCAAGUCACUCUCAUCCCAAAAUCUCAGGAAGACAGAGAUCAGUACUUCAAGCGUACAGUAAAGCUUACAGAUAAGGAAUCUGCAGCCCGCAAACUAAAGAUGCAGAUGUGGACAGGGGUUGUAACAAUUGUACUUGUUGAAGGUCGCGACCUUAUACCAAUGGAUGACAAUGGGCUCUCAGAUCCUUAUGUCAAGUUCAAACUAGGCAAUGAAAAAUAUAGAAGCAAGCAUAAAUAUAAAACAUUGAAUCCACGGUGGUUGGAACAGUUUGACCUUCGAAUGUAUCAAGGUCAGACAAAUCAUCUAGAGAUCGUCAUGUAUGAUCAUGAUGUGGGUAGAGAUGAUUUUAUGGGCAGAGCUGUGAUAGACUUAACGAAACUUGAUCGAGAGAAAACUCAUGUGAUAGAACAACAAUUAGAGGAUGGUGCCGGCAUCAUAAAACUACUCAUCACAAUUAGUGGGACGUCGGGACAUGAAACUAUCUCAGAUCUCUCUGCAUAUGCAUUCAAUCCUAUGGAAAGAGAAGAAAUUAUGUUAAAAUUUGGUUUCUUCAAAUCUUUCCAGAAUAUGAAGGAUAUUGGCUGGUUGCAGGUCAAAGUUUUUAAAGCUCAAGAUUUACUAGCUGCCGAUCUUGGUGGAAAAAGUGAUCCUUUCUGUGUUCUCGAACUUGUAAAUACUCGUCUGCAAACCCAUACAGAAUAUAAAACUCUCAACCCAGAGUGGAAUAAAGUUUUUACAUUUAAUGUAAAAGACAUCCAUUCUGUGUUAGAGCUCACUGUGUAUGAUGAGGACCGGGACAAAAAGGUGGAAUUUCUCGGUCGAUGUGCAAUACCAUUGCUCAGGAUAAAACCAGGGGAGAAAAGAUGGUAUGCUUUAAAAGACAAAAAACUCAUUCAUCGAACAAAAGGAGCCAUACUGUUAGAGUUAGACUUCAUCUAUAAUCAUAUUAAAGCUGCUGUGAGAACAGUAAAUCCAAAAGAAGAGAAAUAUAUGCAACCGGAGCCUAAAUUUAAAAUCUCAAUAAUGAAGAAGAAUAUAGACAGAGUUUCACAGAUCAUAUCAACAUUUAUUGAGGGAGGAAAGUUUGUACAAAGCUGUUUCAACUGGGAUUCUCCUAUACGCAGUCUAACUGCAUUUCUUGUUUUCCUUGUGUUAGUGUGGAAUUUUGAGCCUUACAUGCUUCCAUUGACAUUACUCAUAUUGUUGCUCAAGAAUGUAUUUCUUUCAUCCAUCGUCACCCCAUACAGUCGAGAUCCAGAAGAAAAUAAAAGAAGGAAUAAAACAAGCAAAAGUGGCGUGCCACACACUCGAGAUUCAAAAAGGAAAAAGAAAAUAGUUUCCAGAGAUGAUAUGGAAUAUGAAGAUGAUGAUGAUGAUUUUGAUGAAGAGGAAGAUCGAGAAAAGGAGGAAAAGAAGAGUUUUAAGGAGAAAUUACAGGCAGCACAGGAAAUCUGCCUACAAGUUCAGGAAGGUCUAGACAUUGUGGCCUCUCUGGGAGAGAGAGUGAAAAAUGCAUUUACCUGGUCCGUUCCGUGGCUGACCACUCUGGCUGUGAUAGUGUUAGCCCUUGGUGUAAUCAUACUGUACCACAUUCCAUUGAGAUGGCUCAUUUUAGCAUGGGGUAUCAACAAAUUCACAAAGAAAUUACGAGCACCAAAUGCAAUACCAAACAAUGAAGUGUUAGAUUUUCUGUCUCGUGUUCCAUCAGAUAAGGAAUUGGUACAAUUUAGAGAAUUGCGGCCGGACAUAAACACAGUACCAUCCAGAAAGAAAACCAGAUAGUGUGUCUCAAAUGAACUUGUAUCCAGCUGGAACUAGAAAUCCAUUCCAUUUUAAUCUCCACAUAUUUUUUAUUAUUAUGUAUAUAAAUGUUGAUGGAAUUUUGACACUUAUCUCUCAAAUGUUUGGUUAUAUGUUUAAGUAAACAUGAGCCAAUGUAAUGAAAGUACAGUUUGAAGACCAGUCUGAAAAUUACAGUAUUUGAUUGGUUGUUUUUUAGCACUGUCUAAAUAUUGACCAAUGGCAAUGUUGCAUUUUGAGACUGGUCACCAUUCUCAGUGUUAGAAUCUUGAAGCCAAGUGUUUGUUGCUGGUUCAACAGGUGAUUGGUUCCAGUCCUGGCAGGGAGUGUUCAAGAGGAGGAGUUUGUAUUUAAAUUUGUAUUUCCAGUGUUUAAAAGCUUCUCAAUGUAGUUGCCUUUACAGAACUAUCCAAAUGUGUAAGAAAAAUAUGCAUUUCAAAUGCAUGCUCAUGUUUGUUUUGAUAAGUGUGCAAUCCAUGCAAUUCAUCAUAUUUUGAAUACCCUUCCCCUAUCUCAUUCAUUCGUUAAAAACUUCAUUGGUGACGGAUGGUUGGAAACCAGAUUUUUUGUUGCAAGUUUUAAAAAAAAAUGUGUGUAAUGUUUUCAGCAUUUCAUUUAUUUUGAAUGAGAGAAUAGUAACAAAGUUCCCUAAAUAUUACAAAUGUUGAUUGUUUAAGUUACUUUUUCACAGAGUUGAACAUUUUUCUAAUAUCUUCCUUUACACAUAGUUUCAUAUAAAAUAUAUAGAUAUGUGACAUCGGGGGAAAAAAGAAGGAAUCGAAAACUUUUACUAAAAAUCUUUUACAAAUCCAAUGUAGAAUGUAGAUUUCAUACGCAUUCAAAAUAUUUUACUUUUUCAAAUUGUUUUUUAUGUACUUAACAAAGUUACUUUUGUCAGUAAAUCUUUACAAAAGGCCAGUUUUACAAACAAGUAUUAAAACUUUUGAGAGUAUUUUCUCUUCAUUGGAUGUAAAAAAAAAACAGUCCUCACUAAUCAUAUAAUAUGGCAAAUCAUGAAUGUUUUAUUAUCAAAUCAAUUUCAUUAGAAUCAAUUUAUAUUAUUUUUUUAUUUAGUUUGCUGUACUUGAAAAUUCUUGCUCUGUAAUUUUGGGUCCCAGGUUAUGAAACUGAUUAUGAAAACCUGGCAUUUGAUUGGUUGAUUCUGAACUUGAAAUUGACCAGUGGCAGAACAACAAUUUAAGACUGGUUUGUAACCUUGAAACCCAACUUACCAUAAAUGACUGUAUAGUUUGCAAGGUUUUUUCUUUUCGAUACAAGUUGUACCAUAGAGACUUACUGUACAGUCAUUUAUUGUGGAAUGAACUUGUUCAAACAAAGAAACUGUAGCAUAUGAAAGGUAGAUAAUAUCAAGGAAAUGAACCUGUGAUAAUAGUCAUUAAUUUCUUUCCAGUUAUAUAUUCUCAGAGCCACAAGCUGUAAUGAAAAGCCAUGUGCACUAUGAGCUACUGUAUGUUAACAACUAAAGAAUUCCAAAACGGCAUAUAAAAGUGUCAGUUACUGUUACAGCUAAUUAUCUUAGGAGCACAACUUAUUCACAUGCUAAAUUACUUAUUCAUCAGAUAUCCUGUGAAAUGAAGCACUAUAGGUGCAUUAUUUUAGGAUUUCUUUGAUUCUAUUAACCAUUUGCCUCUGGUCUGACCAGGAAACAACAGAGUACUUUUAGAAGUGGGUGUUUAGCUGUCCUAUUUCCAUUUUCGAACUAGACUCACACAGAUCUAGGAUUAGCCUAGGGUUGGGUCUAGAAUUGGGACAGUAAUCAAUCCAUGUUUUGUUUCUGCUGCAAGGCUUUUGGUUUUAUGUUGGGACUUCAGAGCUGCACACAAUCUCUGACCGAGUAAAAAGUUCCUCAUUUAUUUACAUUUGGGUGUGAAUUGCCUAGAGCCCAAUGUUAUAAGACCAGUUGACAAAUCCUGCAUUUGAUUGGUUGUUUCUGAACAUGAAUUGGAAAUUGACCAAUGGCAAGGCUGCAUUGUUGGACUGGUAUCAGAAUUUAUUUUUGCAGGAUGUUAGUUUUGAUCAUCUUGAGACAAGUGUUUGUGCAUUAUGGCACUUCAAAAGAAAGUUCUAUGUCAUUUCUAGUUCAGCUAUAUGAAGUAUAUGGGGGAGUAUUCCUACUGGCCGCAGCAUCCACAUCAUUUGGGGAUAUUAAUCACUCCAGUGAUAGCUCGUUUUCUCAGAUAUGCCCUAUAUCGCUACCAAGGGUCAAGCAUGCUGUUUCUUCUAACAGCUCUUGUAUACAAGUUGAUUCUAUGAUACAGAGGUAAUUAUAAAAAGAUCUGUCAAUAAGAUGAUCAAAUAGGCCACUUUAACAAAGUACAGUUUAAAUAAAUCAUUUUGAAUUAUAACAACAGUCUGUGAACAGUUGCUUUAGUUUCAAGUGAAUCAAAUUGUUUUAGAUCCUGACAGAAUUUUGUCAUAGAUUUCCAUUGCAAUUGUUUGUUCCUAUUUAUACUGCUUCUAGUCUUAUAAGUCGGGUAAAUUAAUUAUUUAUUGUUCAUCAAAAGUUUUUUUUUUCCUAUUCAAAUUUUAAAAAAAAAUUUUAUGUAUUAAAGUAUGUCUUGUUGAUAUUAAAUUCUGCAAUUUCUUAAGCUAGUCUGUUCGGGAGACAAUCAAAAUCCCCUUGAUCAAAAUCCCCUACUUUGAAAAAUGACAGGGUGUUACAAAAUCCCCUUCAUACUUUUGCAGGGGGUAUCAUAAUCCCCUCUAUGAUUUUUACUUAUUUCAUCAAGUUCAAAUACAACUAUAUACAACUUAAAAGUCUAUUGCAAAAAGCACGUAAAUACAAUGCCUUUAGCAAACAUAAUAUAAUUUGGAGCACUGAUAUCUAUAUAUCUAUAAUGUUAAUCACAGAGGGGAUUAUGAUACCCCCUGCAAAUGUGUGAAGGGGAUUUUGUAACACCUAGUCAUUUUUCAGUGGAGGGAAUUUUGAUAUACACUCAGUCUGUUCACUGCCUGCCAUUGCCAUAACAUAAUUUUUUCAGUCUGACCUUUUCUUAUAAACUUUUAGUAUAAAAUGAUUUUGUAAAGUUUAAAACUUUAGUUUUGACUUCUGUGACAAGGUCAGAAUGAAACAUCAGAAAUCUAUAAAAAAUAUUACCUAAAGCCAUUAGAAAUUUAUUGCUUUAUUAUCAUCCCUGCCAGCCCACAAUUGUUUAUGCUUUGUUUUCUGAAAUACCACAUUAGAUUUUUUCUUCAGGAUAAGAUUUGUACUUUAAUAAGUA